AUGAUUCACUCAAGCUCGACAAACAAAGCUAUCACGGCGGAUAGAAACUCACUUUAUACACUGGAUGGGGUCAAUGUCGAGAAAUGGAGCGAAAACGGCUGGACCAGGAUCGAUGGCAACCCCAUAAACGUGCAGAUUGCUGGAGGUGACGCUGGCCUCUUCCUGCGUCAAAAGGACGGGGCGAUUUGGAAAUAUGAUGGCAGCGCGAAGAAAUGGUCACGGAUCUUUGGAGAAGCAACAGGAACUUUUGACAGCGUUCAUAUUGCUGUGGCUAGCUCCGCCUAUCGGGUGAACAGCAAGGGUGAGAUCUUUAUCUACCGCGAUAAUGGACGCUGGGAUCGGAUCAAGGGCGAAGACCCCCAUCCUAGCCCACCGUCCCAAACUGGUGUUGCACUAGCAGCUGUUUACAACGGAGGCUAUGGAAACACUGCACAAAUCCUCCUCUGUAUUGGGAACAGCGCUGCCGGACAGAGCGGCCUCAUUGAAACUGAGAACCUCGCCAUUGAACAGGGAAUUGCAGUUGCACCGCGUCACUAUAUCUUUCGUGAGCAUUUUCUGUUGGCAGGACCGCAUUCCAACCCGGCCAAACUUGAUCUAGAGGCGGAUAUCUUACAUCAGUUCUCCACUUUGUAUACAGCAGCAGAGGCUGGAAACACCACACCCUCUGUUCGAUUCCUUAGUUGCUAUGACAAGUCCGCCACUAGCAUUAAGGAUUCCGAACUUUGGAUCAAGAUUGGACAGAUCCCCUGGGCAAUGAAGUACUCAAACUGGUACCACCAGUUCAUAGCAUACCCUAUCCAGGCUCUGUCAGCGGCUGCCGCCCUUCAGGAGUACACCUUGACAGAUUUCGGAACUUACCUGUCUGUGGAUGAAACUGUUCGCAAACAGCUGACGAUCUUCAAACGUGGCCAAGAUGAUCCAGCCGACUUGCUUCUCAUGCCGGCCCAUUUGCUGGUAGGCGCCAACGCUCAGGAUCUCACUCUAGCGAAGGAUUUUGCUGCAUGGGCAACAGGAAAAGAAGGGCAGGCUGUGAUUGCAAACUUCAUCAAAAUUAGUCAAAAGGUUUAUUCACCUGCACCUUGA